AUGGUCGAACGCGAACAAGCACAAAUACCGACACCACCGCCAGAAGAGGUGCAAGAAGAGCUUCCAACUCAGCUAGAGGUUGACUCUUCUCGCAUGCCUCCCACGCCGAUAUCAUCAGGCUCUUCUGAUGUGAAUCGAGACGGGGAGUCUGCUGAGAACGGAAGACCUCUGGCCGAGUCAGGCCUUGCAUCUAUUACUCAGGCGCUGCGAAAUUUUGUGCUACCGAAAAGUUCCUCCAGCGGCCACAGCACUCGACAUCAGUCUCUCCCAGUCUCAAGCGUGAACCACACUUCGGUUUCUGCUCCUCAUAUUUCCAAUCCCUCGUCUACAGCACAGUCUUCCCAGAGUCACUCUCCUCAGGCUUCCCCAGCCCGAAGACCUACGCAGUCCCAGUUGAUUUCUGAAAACACUGCGCUAACUGAGGACGUGGCCAAUGCGCCACGGGAGAAGGCUACACCUCCACACACCCCGAGAGCGUUAUCACAAGAAGACCGUCGACGGUCACCACUCGUGGACGACUCACACAAACACAAAACAGUAACAGAUGUAGACCCCAAAGUUCCGACCCAGCAGCCACGAGGCAAGCUUGCUGUCAAGAUAGCGGAGGGACGUAACAUCAAAGCAGCUUUCGACCCUUAUGUGGUCGUAACUUUUGAGUACAAUGAGUUCAUAUCGAAAGGCUCGAAAACAGAUAGUAUGGAUGUUGAUAGCCUUGGACCCUCACGUGCACAGCCGAUGCAAAGGUCAGAUAGCGAGACGGGGCGGGCAAUGGCAAUCCCGAUGAGAAGCAGGCAGAGCAGUACGAAUGGUCUGAGUGAAGAGAGUGGUCGAGCCUUGAACAAGGUCACUGACCCUCAAUGGGACCAUGAAGCAUUAUUUGACGUGGUUGGGAAACAAUCAGAACUUGAAGUUUCUGUUUACGAUCGCCAUCAAGACGCUUUCCUCGGACACGUUCGUCUCUGUCUAAAUCUCACGAAACAACAACCACGACUUGAGAAUUUCUUUCCACUGAUGGCACGAGCUGUGGGCGACCAGGACAUCUCCGGCGAAAUUCACAUAAGCAUGGCUUUCACAGAAACGGAGAAACGUCAUAUUGGCCCGCACGACUUCCAGAUUCUCAAACUUAUUGGCAAGGGAACAUUUGGUCAAGUCUAUCAGGUGCGGAAGAAGGACACACAAAGAAUCUACGCCAUGAAAGUCCUCUCGAAGAAAGUCAUCAUCCAGAAGAAGGAGAUUCAACACACAAUCGGCGAGAGGAAUAUUCUCGUCAGAACAGCAAUGACGGAUUCACCCUUCAUCGUUGGUCUCAAAUUCUCAUUCCAGACUGCAGCCGAUCUCUACCUGGUCACAGACUUCAUGUCUGGGGGUGAGCUAUUCUGGCAUCUGCAGAAGGAAGGUCGUUUCAAGGAGGAUCGCGCGAAAUUCUACAUCGCCGAAUUGAUUCUUGCGUUAAAGCAUCUACACGAACACGACAUCGUCUAUCGCGACCUCAAGCCCGAGAAUAUUCUUCUUGAUGCUAACGGCCACAUCGCACUGUGCGACUUCGGUCUCUCGAAAGCCAACCUCACCAAGAACGACACCACCAACACAUUCUGCGGCACAACAGAAUAUCUGGCACCAGAAGUUCUACUCGACGAGCAAGGCUACACGAAAAUGGUAGACUUCUGGUCCCUGGGGGUCCUUGUGUUCGAAAUGUGCUGUGGGUGGUCGCCGUUUUACGCGGAAGACACACAGCAGAUGUAUAAGAACAUCGCUUUCGGCAAAGUCCGCUUCCCUCGCGACGCACUAUCCACUGAAGGCCGCAACUUUGUCAAAGGUCUCCUCAACCGGAACCCGAAACACCGACUCGGCGCGACGCGUGACGCGGUCGAGUUGCAGGAGCACCCGUUCUUUGCUGAUGUCGACUGGGAUGCGCUCGGGAAGAAGAACUUGAUUCCUCCAUUCAAGCCGAAAUUGACAUCAAACGCCGACACGUCCAACUUCGAUCCCGAAUUCACCAACGCACUCAACACUUCGAGUUCACUAAACGCACGUGCUGCUGCACUUGCAGCAGGUGGGCAGACCGACUCCACGCCUCUGAGUCCAACGAUGCAGAACGCAUUCCAAGGUUUCACUUUUGUGGACGAGAGUACACUUGAGUCACAAUUCGGUGAUCGAGAUGGCACAGAUGAUGUUGACGAGAGAAUGGACGACAGUGGACUAUUGCGACAGAAGACUCGAGAACUGCAGCAACUGCAGGACAAGCAGGGGGGCCAGGAAAGUCAGCGAGACAGGGAUCAGAGAAUGAGUGGUGUACAAAGAACAGGCACACAAGGCGACGACUUCUUCAGCCAGGGCGGCGAGUGGGAUCAGUGA